GUGUAUGUUGUGGAUGCCUUCGGGGACUGCUGAUUUCGAUUACAGCCCAUCAUCAUCAGUGCCCUGUUUACUUUACUUCCCACCGGUUUGUAGGUUGACUUGAGCUCCGAUAGCAAUUUGAACUGGACAGGAUUCCGUCUUACUGCCAAUCGUCUACUAAUCAACGCCUAACAACCUCUCCUCCUCUUCCCCUGCGGCCAGCUCUCUACAAUGCCGAGAAACAGCACUGAUCCUCUGAAGACCAAGGACAUCGCAGGAUUGGCUGACUACAUCAAGUCUGAGAGAUGCAAGAACGUCGUAUUCAUGCUUGGCGCCGGCAUUAGCACAUCGGCCGGCAUCCCUGACUUCCGAUCUCCCGAAACCGGUCUUUACGCCAACUUGGCUCGAUUGAAGCUACCAUACCCCGAAGCAGUCUUCGAGAUCAACUUCUUCCGUCGAGAUCCCAAACCAUUCUACACCCUCGCCCAUGAGUUAUAUCCGGGCCAAUUCCGGCCAACUCCCACCCAUUCCUUUGUUCGACUCUUUGCGGAGAAGAAGCUCCUGCAGAAAUGCUUUACUCAGAACAUCGACACGCUGGAACGACAAGCAGGCGUUCCGGGGGACAAGAUCAUCGAAGCGCACGGCAGUUUCGCCACCCAGCGGUGCAUUGACUGCCGCAAGCCACACGAAGACGCGGAGAUGAAGCGGCAAGUCCUCGCCAAGGAGAUACCGAAGUGCCCAUCCUGCAAGGGCCUGGUCAAGCCCGAUAUCGUCUUCUUCGGGGAGUCUCUUCCCGAUGAAUUCACGAGAGCCAUCCCUUCCGUCGGAGAAGCAGACCUACUCAUUAUCAUUGGAACCUCACUCACUGUCCAUCCCUUCGCCGGUCUGGCGCAGCGCGUGCUCGGCACUUGCCCUCGCGUUCUCAUCAACUUUGAACGCGUUGGCACAAUCGGUCACCGGCCGAACGACCUGGUGUUGCUGGGCAAAUGCGACGAGAUAGUCAGGGACCUUUGCCGAGAACUAGGUUGGGAGAAAGAUCUGGACCGUCUUUGGGCCGAAACCAAGUCAGUGGAAAAGAAAAGCGAGCAGGAGACCGGGCCGGGGCCAGAGCCAGAACCAGAGCCAGAAUCCGCCGCAGAUCUUGUCGAAACAAUCACUGAGGCCAUCGGAAAGCAGUUGAACUUGGAUGAGACUGCGGACGAAGAAUCUGACGAUGAGGCAGCUGGGGAUGUAGAUGGUGGCAAAAAAGUGGAAGACAAACCUGGAAAGUUGUGAGCAUCGUGUCUAAUUCGACUGCAGUAUGUAUGUAGCUUCGUCAGUGUAUUCAUAAUCCGG